UGUAUUCCAAAGGGCAGCGAGGGAGAAGAGAAUGAAUAAAGAAACACCUGCACCAACAGAUUUCAUGUUUUGUUCAGGUGAUUCAGGACAGCUGAUUGUGACAGCCUUUGUGCCAGAAGAAGAAGAGCCUUUUAUAGAAACACGUGUCCAGAAAUGAUAGGGAUUCUCACUGUUCAAAGGUUUGUUGUAAACUAUUGAAGCAAAACCAAGUGAAGGAAUGCUCUUUUCAGAGGUCAUUUCUCAUUAAGAAAAUGAUGAAGGGAGCUGGGGAAGCAGUCAGUAUAAUUCCUAUACGUUAUUUUCUUUCUUUUUUCUUCAAAAAUAGGGGGAAAGAUGUGCUUAUUUUCCAAGCCCUUCUGCUCCAAAGUUCAGGAGCAUGGAGUCUGUGGCACACGGCAUUAUGUUUUAGUUUUACUGGAGGCUCUGGAAAUGGUUAUCAGUAAGAAAAAUCAUAAAGAAUAGCUGCUAACAGUACAGAUUUGCUCAGAAGAUAGCGUGACAUGGGGAAAGCAUGUUUGCUGCCCAGUGUGUGCCAGCAUGAACGUCAUGUAUGAGAGAGAGGAAAAAGAUACUGGAAGAAGCAAUUUGUGCUGCUUGAAGGCUUGGGAACAGUUCUUUCGCAGACUUUGUGAGGAUGUUCAUUGGGAAUAAUGGAGGCUGCUGUACAAUACCAGAAGGGCAGUGUCAGGGUCAAGGUAGCCGAGCAGUGCCAUUGCUCCUAUUGAAACAUGCGGUUUUGUUGGCACAAGAAUUGCAGCUGUGAUGUAGGAGUGCUUUUCACAGUCACAACCCUCCAGGCCUUCAUGAGGAAGAUGGGAGCUGGGACAACAUGUGUUUAUGAUCGAAAUUUAAGAUGAAUCUUGAUAUAUCUGCUGAAAAAUGGCACAGUUUGGAGCUCUGAUUCACAUUCCUCUUUCUGUCAGAGAAGAGCAGAACAAAGCCUACAGGCUGGGGCAUUCACAGGGAUGUAAAUGCAAUUAACACUUCUUUGGCUGAUGACAGUGUGAGUUUGAGACAGCAGUGAUCCUAAUUAAUGCCUGGGUCUUCACUGUGAGUACGCUGCGCUGUGCCGAGCAGCACCAGCCUUCAGCCGAAGGAAGUGAAGGAAGCGGACCGCGCAGCCCCGCACCGCCUGAACCGCGCCUCACAGAACUCCUCCUGUCAGGAGCCUCACGGCUCUCGCGCUGCCCCCUGCUGAUGGAAGGCGGUACUGCAUGCACCGGAGCGACGCUACCUUCGCGCGUCUGUACGCGUGCGUAGCAGCGCCUGGAAGACUUACUACCAUAGAGUUGGCGGACUGUCGGUGCAGAGCGGUAACAGAAGGGAGAUGCUUCUUCCGCAUCUGGGAGCGCAUGUGUAUUGCUGCCUGGAAGAGUGAUCGCUGUGGACAGAUAUAGGCAGAACAGAAAGCUGGCAGUAGUGAUUUUCGUUCAGUCUGGCAGCACUGCUUGUAGGUCCUCUUGGUCAGCGACGGGAAAGGAGGGGCAUGGCCAGCGCCCCCCAUCAGAAACGCUGCCCUGAGCAGCAGUGGAGGAUCACAGAAUCAUGGAAUGGUUGGAGUUGGAAAGGACCCCCAAAGGCCGUUUGUUCCCACUGGCUGCAGUGCACAGGGACACCCACAGCUCCAGCAGUGCUCACAGCCCUGUCCCCUGACCAUGGUUGUCUGCAGGGAUGGGGCACCACCACCUCUCUGGGCACCCUGUGCAGUGCCUCACCGCCCUCAUUGUAUACAACUUCCAUAUACCCAACCUAAAUCUCCCCUCUUUUAGUUUGAAACCAUCUUUCCUUGUCCUGUCACACAACUCCUGCUAACGAAUCUGUCCCUUCUUUCUUACAGCCCCUUCAGAUACUGAGAUACUCUCAGCUCUCCCUGGAGCCUUCUGCUCUCCAAGCUGCACAGCUUCGCAGCCCUUCUCUCAGCCUCUCCUGGUAGAGGAGAUGUUCCAUCCCUUGGGUCAGUUUUGUGACCCUUCUCUGGACACACUCCGACAAGGUGCUAUGGACCUAUGCUUCCUCCCAAGGGGACAAGGAGGGAUGCGGUACAGUAAUGCCCUACUUGGAGCCGAACCUUACCAGCAGCAUCAGCUAGAAGGGCUUCUCCAGCUCCUCGCACCUUGCUCCCUCUCCAUUGGUCACCCAGCUCAGCUCAGCAAGGUGGUUGGGAUGGGGAUGUGUGUACAGCCAGGCGCCGGGGCACUGGAGCAGAACGAAAGGCGCUUGAUCCCCACGUCCAGGCAAGGGGCGGUGCGGUGCAGCCCGGCCCUCAGGGGACAGCCGGGCACUGCGGCAGCAUGCAGGGGCUGCUGCUGUGCGGGGGGUGGCUGCUGGCUGCUAGCUACGUGCUGGGUGGCUGCCGGCACCGCUGUUGCCCAGGCAGGAACAACGCCUGCUGGGCCACCGGUGCACGCCGCACUCGCUGCUAUUGCGACUCGUACUGUGAGAGGACAGGUGACUGCUGCCAGGACUACCAGGCUGCGUGCCGCCGUGCCGCAGUGGGCUGUGCAGUGGGGCCAUGGGGGCCCUGGAGCAGCUGCAGCUCCCCAUGUGGGGUGGGCAGCAAAGACCGCAGCCGCCAGGUCACCGUGCCCCCCCGGCACGGCGGGGAGCCCUGCCCUGACCUCAAGCAGCGCCGUGGGUGCCUGGGGGAUGACCCGGCCUGUGGGGCUGCCAAAGGGGUGGCCAAAUUGCUCCCCGAUUCCUUCAGCCCAGACAUCAGGGAUCCCUGGCGCAGAACUGGGAUGCAGCAGUCAGAGGAGUCACCCAGCUCCCACCUCCCCAUCUCCUGCAGCUUUUUCCGCCUGACGCAGGUGGCAGCUGCCUGUCGUGGGCAGCCCUGGAGCCGCCGGCUACAGCGGGACAGGCGGGUGUGCGUCGAGUGCUGGGGGGACACAGCCCAUGGGCAUCCCCAGUGUGAUGGAUAUGGGGUGCAAGGAGCCAGGACGUUUUGGGUGGCCACCUCUAUAGCAGGGUGCCAGGGCUCAUGGGUGCGGGAGGCUCUGCAGGAGGGCUGCGCCUGCCCCCCCCCAGCAUUCAUCUUCGUGUAGGUGAACAGAGCCCAACUCCUUUAAGGGCAUCUUGGCUGCUUGGUGUGGUGUGAGGAGCACAAUUAAAGGUGGCACGGAAAGCAAGGACAUGGCUGUGGUGAUGCUCUUCGGGGAUGAGUGCU